AUGGUUAUUGGGAAAUCAUUAAACCCACGAUCACUUAACAAUUUUACAGAUAUUCCAGUUGUCUACAAAGGAAAUAAAAGUGCUUGGAUGACCUUGGCUUUGUUUGAGGAAUGGUUUCACAAAACAUUUGUUCCAGAGGUAAAAGGGUUCCUUCGUGCCGAAAAUCUUCCCAAAAAGACUCUAUUGCUUAUUGAUAAUGCUCCAUGCCAUCCCAAAGACGGCGAGUUAAUGAGUAGUGAUGGUCAAAUAUCUGUAAUGUGUCUUCCUCCAAACUGUACUGCACUUAUACAGCCCAUGGACCAGAAUGUUAUAAGGCUUACGAAAUUGAACUACAAAACAAGCCUUUUAAGUGACAUCGUUCGCCGUGGAAAAACAAUAGACGAAUCUUUGCGAAAUAUCAACUUAAAACACGCAAUAUGCUUUUUAGCUAAUGCCUGGGAUGCUGUUAAGGGGUAA